AUGUGGGGACUUAAAUCACCGCUGUCACAUAAACGACAUCUGAUCAUUCAUACAGGUGAGAAGCCCUACAAAUGUACUCAUUGUGGGAAGUGCUUUUCCAGAAUACAUGAUUUAAAUACUCACCAGGGUACUCAUACAGGUGAGAAGCCCCACAAUUGUAUUCUUUGUGGAAAGUACUUUUCCACAAAAGGUUAUUUAAAUAUCCACCAGAGAACUCAUACAGGUGAGAAGCCCUACAAUUGUAUUCUUUGUGGGAAGUGCUUUUCCACAAAAAGUAAUUUAAUUAUCCACCAAAGUACUCAUACAGGUGAGAAGCCCUACAAUUGUAUUCUUUGUGGAAAGUACUUUUCCACAAAAGGUUAUUUAAAUAUCCACCAAAGAAUUCAUACAGGGGAGAAGCCCUACAGUUGUACUCUGUGUGGAAAAUGCUUUUCCACAAAAAGUAAUUUAAAUACUCACCAGGGUACUCAUACAGGUGAGAAGCCCCACAAUUGUAUUCUUUGUGGAAAGUACUUUUCCACAAAAGGUUAUUUAAAUAUCCACCAGAGAACUCAUACAGGUGAGAAGCCCUACAAUUGUAUUCUUUGUGGGAAGUGCUUUUCCACAAAAAGUAAUUUAAUUAUCCACCAAAGUACUCAUACAGGUGAGAAGCCCUACAAUUGUAUUCUUUGUGGAAAGUACUUUUCCACAAAAGGUUAUUUAAAUAUCCACCAAAGAAUUCAUACAGGGGAGAAGCCCUACAGAGCUGAACAUCUGCACACCUGUGAGCAGCAGUAUGAUGCAGACAGGAGUCUUUCUGAGACAGGACACUGA